AUAACCACAUUCUAGCUGUCUGCAUGGCGACAUACGACACCACUUCACGGGGCUACCGCGCAUGCUCGUCACCAGUGUUGCAUGCUGGGUAGUGUAGUUCUGAAAACUCCCUAGCUCAAAACAUCACAACAAUGACUCUUUGGCCCCGCCCCUACGGACGCAUGCUUGGAAGACAUGCGCUUUGCGGCAAAGUCCUCCUUUUCUCCACACACGCUUCUAAGCCUCGGCACAUCUCCUCACAUCGCUACUAACUACACUUUAUUCAUCCUCCGUGUCAGGAUAAACUCCACUCGUCUCAGCCACAUUUGGAGAUUAUUAGGCCCGUUUAGCUUGAUAGUUGUUUGAGCGCGCCAAUUAGCUUAGCAUGCUAGUUAGCUUAGCUUGUUAGCCGCUAACAAAGAGACGCGGAUUUGAUCAACACAUCGCUUAGUUAAGAUCAAGUGUGAGUGUAAAGUGUUGUGAUUGUGUGAAAAUGUGCGAAAGAACGAUAGAAAAGUAUGAGGAGGAACUUUGUUGUGUGAAAAUGUGUGAAAGAACGAUAGCAGAGUACAAAGAGGAACUUUCUCGUACAAAAGAAGAGAACGAGAGACUACGUCAACUAUUGGAGGCUGUUUUCAAGAAACCUCAAGUUGUGUUACACAGAACAGACGUCCAGCAGCCUCCUCACAUUAAAGAGGAAGGGGAGGAUCCACAGCCCCCCCACAUUAAAGAGGAAGAGGAGGAAGUGUGGAUGAGUCAGGAGGGAGAGUGUCCUGUAGGGCAGGAGGAGGCUGAUGUCAGCAAGUUUCCACUGACUGUUGUCUCUGUGAAGACUGAAGAGCAUGAAGACAAACCACCUGAGUCCUCACAGCUUCAUCACAGUCCAAACGUCCAGCAGGUGUCAGCAGAGAGUCAUGAAGAGAUUCCCUCCAAGCAGCAGGAGUGGAGCUCCAGUGUGGGACAGAAGAAGCUCGAGCCCACUCAUAUAGAGGAAGAAGAGGAACUGUGGGAGCAGCUUCCAAGGUUGGAGGAGGUUAAUGACGAAGUUGAUAUAAAGUCAGAACCAGAUAGCAUCUUUGCUCCACUGUCAGACAUGGACCACAUGAUGUCAGACUCUUCUGAUCACAGUGACCACAUCCAAAAACCUUUGAAGAGUAAAAAUGACUCUGAAGGUGAUACGAGACAUCACACUAACAACAAACACUUUGACUGCUCUGAAUGCGAAAAAUCUUUUAGACACAAGAGUAAUUUUACAGUACACAUGAGAACACAUACUGGAGAGAAACCUUAUACUUGCCCUGUUUGUAAGAAGAGUUUCUCCAGAAAGCAAUACAUGACCACACACAUGACAAUACAUACUGGAGAGAAACCUUUUACUUGCUCUGUUUGUAAGAAGAGUUUCCCCAGAAAGAAUGACAUGACCACACACAUGAGAACACAUACUGGAGAGAAACCUUUUGCUUGCUCAAUUUGUGCUAAAAGAUUCAACGCUAAGAGUGUCAUGAUAUUACACAUGAAAACACACACAGGUGAGAAACCUUUCACUUGCUCUGUCUGUAAGAAGUGUUUCAUCAGUAAGCAUCACAUGACCACACACAUGAGAACACACACUGGAGAGAAACCUUUUACUUGCUCCGUCUGUGAGAAGAGUUUCUCCUCAAAGCCAAACAUGACCACACACAUGAGAACACACACUGGAGAGAAACCUUUUACUUGCUCUGCUUGUUUGAAGAGUUUCUCCAGAAAGAUUGUCAUGAUCACACACAUGAGAACACAUACUGGAGAGAAACCUUUUAUUUGCUCUGUUUGUAAGAAGAGUUUCUCCAGAAAGCAACACAUGACCACACACAUGAGGACACACACUGGUGAGAAACCUUUUCCUUGCUCUGUUUGUAAGAAGAGUUUCUCCAUGAAGCCUGACAUGACCACACACAUGAGAAUACAUACUGGAGAGAAACCUUUUACUUGCCCUGUUUGUAAGAAGAGUUUCUCCAGAAAGCAAUACAUGACCACACACAUGAGAACACACACUGGAGAGAAACCGAUUGUGUGAUAAAACAAUCAGGUUUAAGUAUCAGGUCAAUAAACACAAGUGUGUAACAGUCAUGGAAGCUGCAGGGAUUUAAAAACACUCAAACGGUGAUUGUGCUAAAUGUACUUUAAAAACACAGCAUGAUUAAUAUGAACGUAUAUCUUAUGUUGAAUGUUGUGCUUCUUAUCUUCUACUCUUAUAUGUUGUCCUGGAAUGACUUUUUAAGUUGUGUGCAUUUAUUGAACAUUAUAAAUGUUUCUAAAUUUGUAUUCUAAUUUCCCAUUGUUAAAGAGAGGUCAUAUUUUUUUUCUUUUUUUUUUUCACACAUUUGUUCCAUUGCAUUUUAUUGAUGUUAUUCUCCAAUUAAAAGUACGAAU